AUGACUAGGGGACAAUGGCUAUUAGCCGUAUGGGCUGCACGGUCCCGUCCUGCACUUGCCUUGAGAGCCAAAGGGCGUUCAGCUUUUGCCACCAAGCCGGAUGAUAUCAAGCCCGAAGCCUCCCAAAAGACCCGCUCUCGCAUCGUCCGCAUCACUUCCCGCUUGCCUAAGUUUUUGCAGGGCUACACUACGCCAUUGAUCAAUGCACCCCUGACUCACAUAUCUGCAUUUCUGCUCCUCCAUGAAUUGACUGCCGUCAUCCCGCUCUUUGGACUGGCCGCAACGUUUCACUACACAAGAUGGAUGCCUCCAUUCGUCGGCGAAGGGAAGUGGGUCAGUGAUGGGGUCGAGAAAUUUGGGAACUAUUUCAGGAAGAAGGGGUGGCUGGGUGAAGAGGGCAAGGCUAGGAGGUAUAGGUGGUGGGGACGGGGCGAAGGAGGGACCAGGAUUGUUGUUGAGUUCGCCACAGCAUAUGCAAUUACAAAGGCGUUGUUGCCACUCAGAUUGAUCCUUAGUGUCUGGGCAACACCCUGGUUUGCCAGGGCUGCCAUUGUGCCGUCCACCAAUUUGAUUAGGAGAAUAUUCACAAGGAGGAAAAAGAAGUAG